UUUUGCAGAACUUUGCAGAACUUUUGCAAGCCGCGCCGCUGCUCCCGCGGGGAAACCAAGCGGCGUCCGGGCCCCAGGGCGGACGAAGCAGCCCCCCCGUGGUUGACGAAGCCCCAGCCGCCCACGAAGACGAUCCACGACCGCGAGUGGCCGCCCGUCCGUCCUUCCCCUCCGAGGGGUCGAGCCCCGGGAAAGUCUCGCUUGGGCGCCCGGCCAGCAAGCAGCGGUCGCAAGAGCCGGGACUCAACCCCGUCGGUCGGAGAAGAGGAAGGGGGGGGGGAGGGCGGCCUGCCCCGUCGAAAGCUACCUAAUGAUGGGUUGAAAAGCAGCCCGGCGGAGGGUUUGCAGGAGGUGAAGGAGCAGCUGAGCUCGACGGGCGACGCACGCGUGGCUUCCCCGAGGGAUCUCCCCUCCCCGUCGGCCUUGAAGACCCUCCCUCCUUCCAUGGCCGUCUACAGCCUCCACGGGCGCGUCUUCUGGCCGCUCCUGACCGGCGCUUGCACCCUCCUGCUCUGCCUGCUGCAAACGCUGCGCGGCCAGGCCGGCCCGACGGACGGGGAAGCGGGCUGGCCGUCGGGGCUGAGAGAACUGCCGCUGCCGGUCCCUCUGCUGCUGGUGGUGGUGCUGGUGGUGGUCUUGUUAGCGGCGCUGGGCUUGGGCCGGCGGGCUUGGUGGACGGCGCGGCGGCGGCAGCGGCAGCGGGCCGCCCAACGCAGCCCCGGCGCUUGCGGAGGCCGGGAAGCCCGCCGCCGCGCCCUGCUGGACGGCUUCUACGAGACUCGGCUGCGGCUCUCGCCCCACGUGCUGGGCCACAGCAAAGCCCACGUCAGCCUGGUGGUGGGCGAGCUGCUGCGCGCCGGCAAGGCGGCCGGCCGGCUCUCCCUGCGCGGGGAUGCCGUCCAGGUGGGCAGCGCCUAUGAGCAGCACAAGGUGGGCAGCCCCGACGGCUUCGACGUGCUGCUGCCGCUGCGCCUGCCGCCCGGGCUGGAGCUGCGAGCCCUGCCUUGCGGGACCGAGGACCAGCAGCAGCAACAACAGAGGCAGCCCGGGGCCAGGGGCGUUUUCCUCUGCGCCUUGCGGGUAGUUGAGGGCGGGCAAGGCUCCCCCAGCCGGGCACUGUGCGUGGCUGCCGGGCCGGGUGAAGCCGACGGGGCAUCCCUGCUGUCGGCGGCACUGGUGGCCCGCUGGUUCCAGGCGCAAGUGCAGCGCUGCCUGGGCGCCGUGCGUGCCCGCUUGCAAGAGCGCUGCCGGGUACGACUAGCCGUCGGGGUUGCUGCCCCCUGCCCGCUGGCGUUAGAGAUUGUGCCCUGCUCCGACUACGUCUGCUGCCACCUCUCCCUGACCGUCCACCUCACCCCGGCCAUCCCACUGGGCGAAGGGCUCUACCUCACCCCCCGGGUCUGCUGCCCGCAGCGUUCUGCCGCCCCCCAAUUGGGCACCUUCUGGACCCUCAACCUCUCCAAAGCGGAGCAGCGCUUCCUGGCUUGGCUUCGGGACCAAGUCCCGGCGGACUCCUGCCACCUGAGAUGCCUCCAGAUCCUCAAAGGGUUGAGGGAGCUGGGGGGCCGCGCCCUGGAGACCCCCUGGGCCGCCCAGUGGGAUCGGAUCCUCUCCUCCUACGUCCUCAAGACGGCCCUUUUCUGGGUCCUCCUGCAUAGCCCGUGGCAAGCGUGGGAGGACCAAUUCCUGGUGGCCCGGCUGGAGGACGUGGUCCUUUUCCUGGUGCAGGCUCUCCAGCGUGGGAGGCUGGCCCACCUCUUCCUCGGGAACCCUCACCUGCCCGAAAUCCUGAGCUUGCCCAAAUUUGUCAAGGAAGCCUCUCCGGUAAACCUGCUGGCUGAUUUUGACCGGCCUGCUUUGGAGAAGGUGGCCUCGCAGCUGCUGAGCAUCUGGAAACAGGCACCCAGGAUCAUCCGGAUGUACGGCAGCCACAGGUACCGAAAGCAGCAUCUCACCUGAGGCCCCUUCUAUAUCCCCUCCCCAACCUGGACUUUGCACCCCAAAAAAUGAAGGUUGAAUCGCUGUGUAUUCCCCAAGACAAAUAGGGCUUUACGACAGGUGCUAAGUUGGGUAGAACGUGCGGAGCUCCAUUCAAGGUUGAGGACACCUGGAGGACCUUGACUAGGAGCCAAAGGAUGGUCUACAUUGGACUUUUGGUCUUCUCCUAAGAGUUGGACACGUGAGUCCCGUUCUGAUCCAGUGUGGAGUUCGGGGGCUCGAUCAGAUUUGGGGUGUUUUUUACCAUCAGGUUGGACACCUUGAAGGAGGGAGAUGUGGGGGGGGGGGAUGGAAUGGAGCAUCUUCUUGAGGUUCACCAAAGUUCAAGAGGACAGGUUGGUCCUCAUCCCUCCUGACUGAUUCCGCUUCUGCCUUCCUUCUGCUCAGGGUUUCGGCCUUCGUCCAUGGAAAGCAGGCCAGAUUUCCAAGAUGCCCUUCGGUGGGUUUGAAGGGCAAGUCUUGAGAGAGGGAAAAAUUGAGCGUUUCUGCUUGGGAAAUCUCAGGCUAUUAUGACUCAUCCUCCUGAGUUGAUGUUCCGCUUUCCUUUUUCCCAGCCAAGUUAGGAAUCCGAGUGGGCCUGCUUUGGCAUUUCGCCCGGUGUCAACGAAAAGAUGGAGUGGCGGCCCUGAUAUGUGGCUGCUUAUUAUGGGCUGGAGUAGAAGAGAGGAAAACACAGCCUCGUUAAGUUUACAGGGAGCCUUCAACUUAAAACUAUUCGUUUGGGGGCUGUUUGAAGUUAUAACAGUCCUGAAAAACAUCGGGCCGUUAUUCGCAUUUAUGACAGUAGCAGCAUCCCUAUGGUCAUCUGAUCAAAAUUUGGAUGCUUGGCCAUUGGCUCGAAUUUACGAAGGUCCCUGGGUCAUUUUGCAAUCUUCUGAACAGUCAAGCCUAUGGGGGAAUUCAGUUUUAAUUUAGGUUACUUUAUUGUCAUUGCACCUUGUACAAUAAAAUUAAAAUGCGAUCUUCAGUGUACAAUGGCAGUUCAAAUUGUGGUUGUUUAGGAACUUUGUGCAAUCCUUAAGCACAACAUCAAGGGGUGGCUAGUUUCCUCAUUGACUUGACUUAUUGGAAGCUGGCAGUGAAGAUCACAAGUCGUGAUGUGACUGUGGGAAGCAUUUGUUUAAGAACCGUGUUCCUGACUUAACGACUGCAGUGAAUUCACUUAACAACGAAGGCAAGAAAGCUUGUAAGGGGGGGCAAAACUCACUUCAUAAGUGUCUUGCUUAGCCGCAGAAGUUUUGAGGCGCAGUUGUUGGUCAUAAGCCGGGGACUUCCUUACAAUCAUAAUUGAGAGCAGAAUGAUGGGUCAUAAGUCAUGUCGGUCCUUAAGUGGAUCAUCACAGGUCCCGCUUUAGAACCUUUUUUGCAGUGAGCCUUAAACCAACAUGGCAAUUGCAAAGCUUAACCCAUUGUCCAUAAGUAAAUUUAACAUCAUACAUACAUCACCAUCACGGGACAUGGAAACAGCUGGGUGAAUCCUGAGCACCCAAAAUUCCAUUGCAUGCAGCUGUCGGAAUUUUAAAUCCAGGUCAUAGGUAGCUUUCGGGGGCUUGGUCAUAAUUUUGAACGGUUGCUAAGCAACUGGUCAUAAGCCAAGAACUACCUGUGCUCCUUUGAGAGCGGUCAUCUAACACAUGUGAGUAUACCGGCUCAGGAUGAUGGGAGCUCAGAUUCAGCACACCAGGAGUUCCUAAGGCCAAUCUUGGAAACAUUAAGAAUUGUGGACUUCAAUUCCCAGAAUUC